AUGGCGCAGAAAGGAGUUCAGCUGGACCGGGAAACCUUCUCUUGUUCGUUGUGUCUGGAUCUACUGAAGGAUCCGGUGACGACUUCCUGUGGACACAGCUACUGCAUGAACUGUAUUAAAAGCCACUGGGAUGGAGAGGAUGAGAAUCGAAUCCACAGCUGCCCUCAGUGUAGGCAGAGCUUCACACCGAGGCCUGUCCUGGUGAAAAACACCAUGCUAGCAGAGUUAGUGGAGGAGCUGAAGAAGACUGGACUCCAAGCUGCUGCUGCUGAUCACUGCUAUGCUGGAGCUGAAGAUGUGGGAUGUGAUGUCUGCACUGGGAGAAAACGGAAAGCCUUGGAGUCCUGUCUGCAGUGUGUGGCCUCAUACUGUGAGAAACACCUCCAGCCUCAUUAUGAAUCUCCUGUCUUUAAGAAACACAAGCUGGUGGAGCCCUCCAAGAAGCUCCAGGAGAGCAUGUGCUCUCGUCAUGAGGAGGUGAAGAAGAUGUUCUGUCGCACUGAUCAGCAGUGUAUCUGUUAUCUCUGCUCUAUGGAUGACCAUAAGGGCCACGACACAGUUUUGGCUGCAGCAGAGAGGACUGAGAGGCAGAGAGACCUGGAGGGGAGUCAACUAAACAUCCAGCAGGGAAUCCAGGACAGAGAGAAGGAGGUGAAGCAGCUUCAGCAGGAGGUGGAGGCCAUCAAUGGCUCUGCUGAUAAAGCAGUGGAUGAGAGUCAGAAGAUGUUCACUGAGCUGAUCCGUCUCAUAGAGAGCUCUAUGAAGCAGCAGGUCAGAUCCCAGCAGAAGAGUGAAGUGAGUCGAGUCAAAGAUCUUCAGGAGAAGCUGGAGCAGGAGAUCAGGGAGCUGAAGAGGAGAGACGCUGAGCUGAAUAAGCUCUCUCACACAGAGGAUCACACCCACUUUCUGCUCAACUACCCCUCUCUGUUACCGCUCAGUGUUUCCAAACACUCAUCCAGCAUCAACAUCCGUCCUCUGCGCUACUUUGAGGACGUGACUGCGGCUGCGUCAGAAGUCAGAGAUAAACUACAGGACGUCCUGAAGAAGACGUGGACAAACAUCUCACUGAUGGUGAGUGAAGUGGAAGAUUUACUGCCUCCACCAGAGCCAAAGACCAGAUCUGAAUUCUUAAAAUAUUCACGUGACAUCACUCUGGAUCCAAACACUGCAAACACAAAGCUGCUAUUAACUGAGGAGAGCAGAAAAGCAACAUUCACGAGUCAAGGUCUGAUAUAUUCAAGUCACCCAGACAGAUUCACUGAAUGGCCUCAGGUCCUGAGUAAAGAAAGUCUGACUGGACGUUGUUACUGGGAAGUGGAGUUGAGAGGGGAGGGAGUUUGUGUAGCAGUUGCAUACAAGAACAUCCUCAGAGCAGGGGGUUGGGAGGAAUGUUUAGUUUGGAUUCAAUGAUAAAUCUUGGCUGUU